AUGCAAACAAGACAACCUUUGGCUCUUUAAAAACAUUUAAAUUGAGGAAUUUACCAUGUUUUAUUGCUAUAGAGUCUAAAGGUUAAAAUGAUUCAGGCUUCUAGUCGAAAAACAAUGCAGGAGCUGCCAUGAAAACAUGGAUUCCUUUGACAAGUAAAAUACUCAUAAUGAAAAAGAAAAGGUUUACUAUCUACUAGAAAAGUCAACAUGAACACAGAGAGAAAGACUCAUCUUUUGUGGAAAUAAAAAUGUCAAUCUCAUUGGGAUCAUAGGUAUUUCUUUAAGAAGAUUACAUAUCUCUGCACCCUGAGCAGGAAUCUAUUGGGACUCAGCUGCUGAUUUUCUUCAUUACCUUUCAAAGUUGCUGAAGGGAGUUAUAGAAGGGGACUCACAAACCCUAUGUAAGAGGAAAGUCUGGUAUCUGAUUCUUCAGAGACACAGCUCCACUACCACAAACACCACUACCUCAUCUGUUCACUUGAGAAAACUAGAAUGAAACGUAAAAUUCCCUUCCUCCAUUGGGAUUCUCUUCCCAGCUUCAUCAUUUUCCUCAUUUCUCUCCCUCUUCAUAAGCUGGACUCAGCCCAGUUUACAGUGCUUGGACCUGCCACCCCUAUCACUGCCAUCGUGGGUGAGGACAUUGUGUUACCCUGUUACCUGUCCCCUAGGAUGAGCGCUGAGAACAUGGAGGUGACGUGGUCACGACCCCAAGUCUUAUCAGCUGGACAUCUGUACCAUGAUGGAAAGGAUCAUACUGAGUUUCAGAUGCCACAAGAUCAGGGGAGGACCGAGUUUCUCAAAGAGAACAUUGCCAAUGGAAGUGUUGCUUUGAGAAUACGUAAUGUCAGACCCUCCGAUGAAGGACAAUAUGAAUGCUUUUUUCAGUCAAGUACUUUUUAUGCAGGAGCCACAUUGGAGCUGAAGAUAGCAGGUUUAGGCUCCAAUCCACACAUCUCAAUUGAGGAUUAUCAGGAUGGAGGGAUUCAAGUAGUGUGUCAGUCUACUGGCUGGUACCCUGAACCAGAGGUGCUGUGGAGAGAUGCUACUGGGAAGCAUUUACAAUCUCUAUCUGUAAGAAAAUCUGAAGUGGAGAACGGCUUGUUUGAAAUACAAGCCUCUAUCAUUAUUGCGCAGCAUACCAAUCAGAAGUUGUCCUCUUGUAUCCAGAACAGACAGACCAAUCACGAGAAAGAGUCGACAGUUUACAUAUCAGAUAUAUUUUUCCCAAGGAUGAAUCCCUGGAUCCUAGCCCUUUCUUUGAUUCUGGGGCUUUUGUUUCUUUUCAUUGGCCUUACUGUUCAUCUCUUUAAGAGAAAAGGGAAACUUACUGCAGAAAUUGGGAAGCUUACUGCAGAAAUCGGCUGGAGACAAUGUACUCUACCUAUAACACAAGAAAAUGUGACUUUGGAUCCAGACACAGCUCAUCCCAUCCUCACUCUGUCCAAGGAUCAGAAAAGUGUGAGAUGGGCAGACAAACAGCAGGAUCUGCCUGACAAUCCAGAAAGAUUUGACACGUGGCGCUGCGUGCUGGGCUGUGAGGAGUUCACCUCAGGGAGACAUUACUGGGAGGUGGAGGUAGAGGGUAAGGGAGAUUGGGUUGUGGAGGUUGCCAGAAGGUCUAUGAAGAGGAAAGGAGAGAUCAUUUUUAACCCUGAGGAGGGGAUCUGGGCAGUGCAGAUGUGGGGAGGUCAGUAUAGGGCUUGCACCUCCCCGCUGAGCCCCCUGACUCUGAGAGAAGUCCCCAGGAAAAUCAGGGUAUAUCUGGACUACGAAGGGGAGGAGGUGACAUUUUUUGAUGCUGAUAAGGGGACCAAAAAAAUCUUCACUUUUCCACAAACCUCAUUCUCCGGGGAGAGAAUCUGUCCAUGGCUUGGGAUGGGUGCAGGACUUCGGCUCACACUGCAUCCCUGACCUGGCGAGGAGGGCACAAAAACAUUUCAAGUAUACAGUCCAAGACAGAGACAGAGCAAGAUGUCUUGAUGACAAGCAGUGGUGCUUGACUCGGGGUUCUGCAGUAAGAAAUGGGCAGCCUGCGAUCUCACCCCUCGUCCAGAGAAAGGGCUGAGACACAUUCUGUAAAGAAUACCAGUAAUUUACACUAAAGAUACCCUGACAUUGGCUCUCUAAAAUGGGGCUUGGGGGUCAAUGUUCAAGAUAGCUCCAGUUUUGUCCCACUCUAAAUAAUAGAUGGAAGAGCUUGGAAGCUCUUUCUGCAUUGUGUGGAGAGUGGUGACAGUGGUUAAAGCAACCUGCUACAGCUUUGGAGAUGUAAGUAAGAUGCUGCCACACUUGGCACAACAGCACCCUGCGCUGCCCCGUGCAUCACAGCUGCCCUGAGCACAGCGCUUCCCUGAGCACUGCUGACCAUGGUUAUUCACCCCAGAGAGCGAGGGAAGGUUUCUACACAGCUGAGGGUGCAGCCAGUCCUUCUAAACCCAGAGUCAUUGCUCUGGUGGUUGGGCACUUGGCCAGAAGCAAAGUAUCUGAGCUCAAGGAGCCCCACACACAGAAACAUUUGGAACUGGCAUCUCAGAAAAGGGCUCUAACUACCAGCCCACUGGUUAGGCAGACUGAGAUAUGUGGGCCAGGAGGCUCCAGCCAAGGCAGAGGUGCAUGGCUCAGUGAGAGAGGUGCUGCCCACAGCGAGAGUUUUGGGUUCUAGUCAGGGUCCCAAGAGGGCAGUAUCCUACUCACUGCUCUCAAUCCAUUCAGCAAAGGACCACUAAAUGCAAGGUGCAGCAGCUCCAUUUUAAGAGUAGGACUGCACAGGACUUGGCCUGAUCUCUAGCCUGUGGACUAUUGGUUAAAACACUUUGGCAGAAAGCAAAAAAUGUAGAAAUGUAGAUUCAAUGCCCUUUGACGGAAUAGUUUCUGCAGACAUGGGUCUUCAGUUCCCUGAGCAAGUGCCCUACUUUCUAAGUGUUGAAACUGCUGCCUGGAAAGGCCUUCCUCCAUUUUACUUUCAUCAGGUCCAUGUGUAAGACAAGUCUACAUAACCAUGAGGCAAAAUCGAUCCCCAGUCAAGGCUUUGUCUAGCUGGGGUUUGAAAACCUCCAAAGAUGGAGCUUCCACCGAUCUCUGGGUAACCUGGUCCAUGGUUUUACUACCCCCCUAGUGAGAAUUUUUUUUCUAAUAUCCAACCUCAACUUCCCUUGCUGCAAUUUGAGACCAUUGCUCCUUUCCUGUCAUCUGCCACCACUGAGAACAUUCCAUCUCCCUCCUCUUUGGAGCCACCCUUCAGAUAUUUGGAGGCUGCUAUUAAAUCCUGUCAGUCUCCACUUCUCUCGACUAAAUAAGCCCAGUUCCCUCAGUCUUUCCUCAUCAGUCAUGUCCCCCAGCCCCCACACCAUUUUCGUUGCCCUCCAUUGAGCAGUCUAAUUUGUCCACAUCCUUUCUGUAGUCAGGGGGCCCAAAAACUGAACACAGUACUCCAGAUGUCAAGUCACCAGUGCCAAAUAGAGGAGAAUAAUCACUUCCCUUGACCUUAGGCAGCAGAGGCCAGGGCUAACGGGGCAGCGGUGGCAGCACAGAAGACUACAUGUGCCCCCUGGGAUUUUUGCUAGGGGCAGAGGUGGGCUGCUGCUGUGGGCUGGACUCUGCACCCUGGAGUCAAGCACAAUGCCACGUGCCUUCCACACGCUGGCUGCACCAGUGCUGCAUCCCUUGUCUGCCCAGCAGUGGGAGACAUAUAACAUGGUGCGUGGCUCCAAGGCAGUAGCUGCAGGGUGCAGAGGCUCAAGCCCUCAGUGGCAGCCUACCUCUGCAAUGCCCCUGGGGUGCACGCAGCAGCAGAAACCCCCCAGACCCUCGGGAUGAGCCGCUGAGGCUCUGACCUUCCAACGACCUGUCCUGGUUUUAGGGCCCCAUUCACCCCAGCCUCUGCCCUUGCCUCUUGCUAAUUCCCUCCCUCACUGUGGGGGCCUCAAUCUACCCUGCACACACCCCUUCCACUUCACAGACUUACCUGCUGGAUUGUGUGCGUGUGUGUGUGUGUGUGUGCGUGUGUGUGUGUGCAUGCGUGCAUGUGUGUGUGUGUGUUUAGAAGUAUAUUUUAAGUAUUAGCUUUACUCAGUGCCCCCGCCCCCCAAAUAACAUUUUCUCUCUCUGCCUCUGCAAUGACCUACUGGCAACACACCUACCGAUGCAGCCCAGUAUGCUGUUAGCCUUCUUAGUAACAAGGGCACACUGCUGGCUCAUAUUCACCUUAUUGUCCACUGUAACCCUGAGGUCCUUUUCUGCAGAGCUGCUGCCCAGCCAGUCAGCCCCUGGCUGUGCUGCUGCAUGGGAUUGUUUUUCCUCAGUGCAGGACUUUGCACUUGUCCUUGUUGGGCCUCAUGAGAUUCCUUUUGGCCCAAUCCUCCAAUUUGUCUAUGUCACUCUGAAUUGUAGCCCUACCCUCCAGCGUGUCUACUACUCCCCCCAGCUUGGUGUCAUCUGCAAACUUGAUGAGGGUGUACUCUAUGCCAUCUUCCAGGUCACUGAUGAAGACAUUGAACAAAACUGGCCCUAGGACCAACCUCUGUGUCACUCCACUUGAUGCCAGCUGCCAUCUGGACAUUAAGCCAUUGAUUACUACUUUCUGAGCCUGAGGCUCCAGCCAGUUUUCUGUCCUCCUUACAGUCCAUUCAUCCAACCUGUGCUUCCUUAGCUUGCCUGUGAGAAUGUUGUGGGAGACCGUAUCCUGAGACCCCUUUGUUGCGCUCUGCUGGACCCUCUCCAAUUUGUCCACACCCUUCCAGACCAGUGUUGAAUAGAGAGGAAUAAUAAACAGCUUAUUGUCCACUAUAACCCCCAGGUCCUCUUCUGCAGAGCUGCUGCCCAGCCAGUCAGCCCCCAGCCUGUACAUACGUGCAUAAACAGAGAAUUACACAGGCUGCUGCUGCAUGGCAAAAUUGUGAAGCAGCAUAAGGUUUAAGCAUGAAUCACUGCUGGUUUGUGAUGCUCUCAGCCCUAAGUGGCUCUGUAACACAUGGUAGGAGUGACAUCCCAACUUCCGUGCUCUCUCAGACACAGCUCUAUGCUCAGUCUGUGAGAGACGGCCUGAGUCAGACACUGAUGGUGAAAGUGUGGCUGGAGUAUCAAUGACCCCUGGAUUGGGUAAGCCCGAGAACUGGGGAGUCACCAAGGUUUGCCAGAGAGGGAUAAAAGGCAGUGAAGAAUGACCCCCAAUGGUGCCCUCUUUGUCCUGAUGAACACCCUGCCUGUCCAACCAGAAGGACCAGCCGGAGACCCCCUUCUGAAGCAACAUCACACUGAAAGACCCCUCAACUGGCCAUCAAUGGUGGAGUCGAGUGCUUGGGGAUAGGUAUAUCUCGACAUCAGUGCUUAGUGUUCAUAGCUACCUACUGGGAGCGUGUGUGUGUGCAUGAAUGUUUGUGUGUUUGAAGGGAUCAGCACCAAGGUUUAUUGUCUGACUUUUGCAUCCAUCCAAUAAACUAGAAUUUUAUGACAA